CAGCGCUGGGCACUGAGCGCUUCUGUCUUUUGCAGAUGUUCCCCCUUCCUCAGAAGGAAUGCAGGGAGCCUGCCACCUGUCUGGGCUCGGCCUCCACCCAGGACAUGGGCCGAUACUGUCAGGGUGACGUGGAAGGAGAAUGCUCCAGAAGAGCAGAGCUGAAGCUGCCGGAGCUCUGUGGAGUUGGUGAUCCCAUCGCCAUGUUCUCCUCUGCCAGCUCCUGCCUGUCCUCCAGAGGCAGAGUCAUCAAAUGGUUCUGGGACUCGGCGGAGGAGAACUAUUGGACCUACCACAGGGAUGAGUAUGACGAGGACAAGAACCCCAAUGGCGUCGUUAACUUGGGCAUCAGUGAGAACAAACUCUGCUUUGACCUGCUGUCCAGGCGGCUGACUCAGAGUGACAUGCUGCGGGUAGAGCCGCCCCUGCUGCAGUACCCUGACUGGAGGGGGCACCUGUUGAUGCCCAGGGGGUCAGGGGUGUUGCAGCCAGAGGAUGACAGGUCCUGCCUCUUCCUGUCCCCAGAGGCUUUCCUGAUCCCCACCCCUUACUACGGAGCCAUCACACAGCAUGUCUAUCUCUAUGGCAACGUCCGACUGGCCUAUGUCUAUCUGGACAGUGAGGUCACCGGGCAGGACACACGCCCCUUCCAGCUCACGGUGGAGAAGCUGGAGACGGCCCUGCAGGGAGCUAGAUCUGAGGGUGUCAAGGUCAAGGGCCUCAUCCUCAUCAACCCCCAGAAUCCUCUGGGGGACAUCUACUCCCCGGGAGAGCUGCAGGAGUUCCUGGGAUUUGCCAAGAGGCACUCGCUGCACGUGAUCGUGGAUGAAAUCUACAUGCUGUCCGUGUUCCAGGAGUCGCUCGAGUUCCGCAGCGUCCUGAGCCUGGAGAGGCUGCCGGACCCCCAGAGGACCCACGUACUGUGGGGCAUGAGCAAGGACUUCGGGAUGUCCGGGCUUCACGUUGGCACACUGUACACAGAAAACCAGGACGUGGCCACCGCCGUGGCUUCCCUCUGUCACUAUCACGGCCUCAGUGGCCUGGUCCAGUACCAGGUGGCACAGCUGCUCUGGGACCGAGACUGGAUCAACCGCGUGUACCUGCCUGAAAACCUUGCCCGGCUCAAGGCUGCCCACACCUACGUCUCGGAGGAGCUCAGGGCCCUGGGGGUCCCCUUCCUGAGUCGUGGGGCAGGUUUCUUCAUCUGGGUUGACCUGAGGAAGUACCUGCGCAAGGCCACCUUUGAGGAGGAGAUGCUGCUGUGGCGCCGUUUUCUGGACAAUAAGGUGCUGCUGGUCUUUGGCAAGUUCUUUGAGUGUAAGGAGCCCGGCUGGUUCCGCGUGGUCUUCUCAGACAGGCCCCACCGGCUUCGCCUGGGGAUGCAGAGGGUCCGGCAGGUGCUUGAGAGCAACCCCAAGUGACAGAGGAAGCCCCUCCCUGGCAGGCCCGGGAGCCCAGGACCAGGGCAGAUGGGCUGCUCAGUGUCUGGUCAGCAGCCACUGCCUCCCACCUGGACCACCUGGAUCAGGGCUGCAAGACGGGCUGGACUUGCCCCGAGGACCUCUUUCCUGCCCGUCUGGGUGGCAGCAGGAGACUCCUUAAGCCGAGCUUCAUCUUGGCCAUUGCUGUCCCCUAUUAAAGAACCUGGGACCCCCUAGA